AUGCCUAUCUCGAACAAAUACAGCAAUUUAAUCCUGCAGCUGAAUCCCAAUGAGCUGAACAAUACCAAGAAGGCAGAGAUCGAUGUGCUCUUCUAUAAUCGUGUGCCCAAAACGGGCAGCAUACAGCUGAUAGAGCUAAUGCGUGCCCUGGGCAGGGUGCACGACUAUGAUGUGGAAAAAGAUCCACAAAAUGGCGGCAUUCGGCCCUUGCUCGACGAGACCGAGGAGAGCGACUGGAUAGAUAAUAUAGUGGGCCUCGAGGAUGGCACCGUCUUUGCCAGCCAUGUCAACUAUCUGAAUUUCACCAAGCACGAGCAGCCCCGACCCAUCUACAUCAAUAUGGUGCGCGAUCCCGUCGAUCGCGUCAUCAGUUGGUAUUACUAUAUACGCGCCCCGUGGGUCUUUGUGCCCGGUCGUCGGCGCAACAAUCGCGAAAUGCCUAAUCCCCAAUGGGUCAACACCGAGUUCGAUCAGUGCGUGCUCAGUGGCGAAAAGGUCUGCACCUACAUUGAGGGCUCGCUGCUGGAGCGUGUCGGCGAUCAUCGCCGUCAAACGCUCUUCUUCUGCGGUCACAACGAGUUCAAAUGCACACCCUUCAAUUCGCGCCUGGCCCUGCAGCUGGCCAAGCAGAAUGUGGAACGCGAAUAUGCGGUUGUGGGCACCUGGGAGCACACCAACGAGACCCUGGCCGUUUUGGAGGCCUAUGUGCCGCGCUACUUUGCGAACGCCUCCAAAAUGUACUACUCGGGCCUUCACGCUGCCAAAGCGAAUGACAAUCCGAUGAAGCCUCACAUUAGUGAGGAAAUCGUAAACAUGGUGCGACGCAACUUUACGCGCGAAAUCGAAUUCUAUCAAUUCUGUCGCCAGCGACUGCACAAACAGUAUCUGGCACUGAAGCUCAAUGAGCUGAUGCGACUGGACAAUAGUUUAGUUGAAAUGAAGGCGGGCAACGAGCUGGCCAUAAGAGAGUAGCUAG